AUGGCCAAGACGGGCUCCCUAAUCCCGCUCAUCAUUCUCUUCGUCGUCGCGGCCAUCGGCGCAUUCGUGGCAUAUCACAUCUAUGCCUGGUCCAACGAGCUGUCGGAGCGCGGCAAGAAGCACAUGGAGAAGAAGAACAUGGCCUUCACUAAGGACGGAGGACUGCGCGUGGGUGUGAAGGAGAUGAGGGAUGAGACAUACGCGGAUAAGACGCAGAACGUCCUCGUAAAUGUCUGGAACAACGCCUCCCUCCCCAACUACCAAUCCCGCCUCGGCUGGAACUCGACGCAGAAACAAGCCGGAGACAGCUCCAAAACCCGCAGCGGCGCAUCGACACCCAGACCGAGCGCCUCACGAUCGAGCACCACCGCUUCGAACGCAGCAGCGAAUCUUUCAGCGCCGGAACAGCGUCCUAGCGCGAGGAGAACACCCAGCACACCUGGUGCCUUUGAUUGA